GGCAUUCUGGCUUUGCUUAUUCUCCCAAACUUUCUCGCUCGUUCUUUGAUUUUCUCCCCCAUUUCUUUCUCUCUCUCUAUCCAACGUAGCCUCCAUUUUCUUUGCCCCAUUUCUCUCUCAUCACUUCAGCUUAAGACCCAGGAGUUUUCUCACUUUGCUAAUCCUCUUCAUUGCCAGUAAGGAGGAAAAAAUUUGACAUUGAGUAUGUUCGAGCACCUGUGUGGAACCAAGCUAGUGAAUAUGCCUGAAAUGAAUCAUAGUGAAGAAAGAAGGAUAUCAAGGAAACAAUUACCCUUUCACUCUUGAUGGCAUCAAGAUCAUUUGCUAAUCUCUUAGACUUGGUUGGUGGAGGCUUAUUGGAUGAUCCUCGCACCCCAAGAGCUCUUCCAAGAGUUAUGACAGUUCCUGGAAUUAUUUCUGACAUAGAUGGUCAUGGUGAUAAUGAUGCGGAUUCAGAUGCUAGCUCCUCUGGGUGUCGGGAGCGGAAAAUAAUAGUGGCAAACAUGCUACCAUUGCAGGCUAAAAGAGAUGCAGAAUCUGCCAAAUGGUGUUUCAGUUUGGAUGAGGAUUCAAUUUUAUUACAAUUGAAAGAUGGUUUUUCUUCUGAUACUGAGGUUAUCUAUGUGGGUUCUUUGAAAGUUGAGAUAGAUGCCAGUGAGCAGGAAGAAGUUGCUCAGAAACUACUGGAGGAUUUCAAUUGUGUGCCUACCUUUUUACCACAUGAACUCCAGAAGAGGUUUUAUCUUGGAUUUUGUAAGCAGCAGCUUUGGCCCCUUUUUCAUUAUAUGCUACCUAUGUGCCCAGAUCACGGUGAUCGCUUUGACCGCAUGCUUUGGCAAGCUUAUGUCUCUGCAAACAAAAUAUUUGCAGACAAGGUCAUGGAAAUAAUCAAUCCUGAUGAUGAUUUUGUUUGGGUUCAUGACUAUCACUUGAUGGUUUUGCCGACAUUUCUUAGGAAGCGAUUUAGUCGAGUUAAACUUGGAUUCUUCCUUCACAGUCCUUUCCCUUCGUCUGAAAUUUACAGAACUCUGCCAGUACGGGAUGAAAUUCUGAGGGGACUGUUGAAUUCAGACUUAAUUGGUUUUCAUACAUUUGAUUAUGCUCGCCACUUCCUCUCUUGCUGCAGUAGAAUGCUGGGUCUGGACUAUGAAUCUAAGCGGGGGCAUAUUGGUCUUGAUUACUUUGGCCGCACUGUAUAUAUUAAAAUUUUGCCUGUUGGCAUUCACAUGGGCAGGCUUGAAUCUGUAUUAAAUCUUCCUUCGACAUCUGCUAAAAUUAAAGAGAUUCAGGAAGAGUUUAAGGGCAGGAAGAUGAUUCUUGGUGUUGAUGAUAUGGAUAUCUUUAAGGGCAUCAAUUUGAAACUUCUAGCUAUGGAGCAGCUGCUGCAGCAGAACCCAGACUUGCUUGGAAAGGUCAUACUAGUUCAAAUUAUAAAUCCUGCAAGGGGUUCAGGGAAGGAUGUUCAAGAAGCAAAGAAGGAAACAAAUUUAAUCACCAAAAGGAUCAAUAGUACAUAUGGCUCCAGACAUUAUCAGCCAGUUGUUCUCAUUGACCGUCCUGUUCUUCGUUUUGAAAAGAGUGCCUAUUAUGCUGUAGCAGAGUGUUGCAUAGUCAAUGCUGUGAGGGAUGGUAUGAACUUAGUCCCAUACAAAUAUGUUGUCUGCAGACAAGGAACUACUCGACUGGACAAAACAUUGGGUAGAAAAAGUGAUUCCCCUCGUACAAGCAUGCUUGUGGUCUCUGAGUUCAUUGGUUGUUCCCCUUCUCUAAGUGGAGCAAUUAGGGUCAAUCCCUGGGAUGUUGAUGCAGUUGCUGAUGCAAUGUAUUCGGCCAUUACAACCUGUGAUUCAGAGAAGCAAUUGAGGCAUGAGAAACACUAUCGAUAUGUCAGUUCUCAUGAUGUGGCUUAUUGGGCCCGCAGCUUCAUGCAGGAUUUAGAGAGGGCAUGUGUAGAUCAUGACACUAAAAGGUGCUGGGGAAUUGGACUGGGCCUAGGGUUCAGAGUUGUUUCUCUUUCUCCUGGAUUUAGGAGGUUGUCCAUUGACCAUAUCGUUUCAGCUUAUAAAAGAACUCAUAGAAGGGCCAUAUUUCUUGAUUAUGAUGGUACUGUUGUACCACACUCUUCUAUAAAUAAAACUCCCAGCUCUGAAGUCAUAUCUGUGUUGAAUACCCUGUGCAAUGAUGCCAAGAACAGUGUGUUCAUUGUUAGCGGAAGGGGAAGAGAUUCUCUUAGUGAGUGGUUUGCUUCAUGCGAGAGGCUGGGACUAGCGGCUGAACAUGGUUACUUUUUAAGGUGGAAUGGAGACUCAGAAUGGGAAACCAGUCACUUGUCUGCUGACCUUGAAUGGAAAAAUAUAGUAGAGCCCGUCAUGACUUCAUAUACAGAGGCAACUGAUGGAUCUAAUAUUGAAACUAAAGAAAGUGGUUUGGUGUGGCAUCAUCAAGAUGCAGACCCCGAUUUUGGAUCCUGCCAAGCUAAAGAGUUGGUGGAUCACCUGGAAAGCGUGCUUACUAAUGAACCAGCUGUCGUUACGAGGGGCCAUCAUAUCGUGGAAGUCAAGCCACAGGGAAUAAGCAAGGGUUUAGCAGCAGAGAAAGUUCUCUCGACUCUGGUAGAUGGUGGGAAUCUGCCAGAUUUUGUGGUGUGCAUCGGAGAUGACCGGUCAGAUGAAGACAUGUUUGAGAGCAUAUCAAGGACAGUCGCUUGUCCUCGAUUACCAGUUGCUCCAGAGGUCUUUGCUUGCACUGUUGGUAGCAAGCCUAGCAAGGCCAAGUAUUAUCUUGAUGAUACUGCUGAUGUUAUAAAAUUGCUUAAAGGCCUUGCAGCCGCAUCAAGUCCAAAGCCAAGGCAUCCACCUCAGUUCAAGGUGUCUUUUGAAAGCACAGUUUGAGUUGGACAAUGCAAUUCAGAAUUAUUGACCCGUUAAAGCUGCGGUUUACUUGUUGAGAUCCUUCACCUGGAGAAUCAGAUUUUGGUUAUCAAUCUUAAGCUGAAGGAUGGUGGUGGAACAUUGCUGUCACAAAAUCAAAUCCUUUCAUGUCUCCUGAACCGGUUUGCACAACUGGACAGGGGAUCCUUCCAGGUUUGAGGUCAAAACCGGGUUUACAUGCUUUGUUGGACACAAAUUUCUCUUGGUCCUGGUUCAGGAAAUUCUUCUCUUGUACAUGAUUCCUUCAAUUGCUGUACUUGCUGGGGCCACUAACUGGGGUUUUAGAUUAUUAGACCAUAUUGAUGCCUGCAGCGAAUUCGGGUAUCGGUCUGUUUUUUUUUUUGGUUGCUUACAGGCUCCAACAAGCUGUAUAGCUACAGUAUAAUAUCUUCUAAUACAUAGUGGCAGUCUGGUUUAAGAUCUGCUCGCAACAGUGAUUUAA